CUCCUCCUCCCCCUCCUCCUUCUCUCCCCCUCCUCCCGCCCCCUUCGCCCCGCUUCCGCGCCGCGCCCCCCUUCGCCGCACAUGUCCGCGGGUCUGCUGUCCCAGGUGGCUGGCCGCUCUCCGCUGGAGUUCGCCCUGGCGAUUGGCCACGGGGCCCCGCCCGGUGUGGUGGUCUCGUCAAACAGCACGCACAUCGGCCCGGACGCGGUGGUCAGCCUGCUGGAGGUGCCCUCUGGCGCGCCGCUCGGCACCUUCGGCCCGCUGCUCGUGGACCCGGGGUGUGUGUCGGUGCUGCGCGUGCCGCUGGCCAUGCCGCUGGCCACGCUGGUCCCGGAAACGGCCGGCGCCCCGGCCCCGACGCCGCAGAUGCCCCCCUGCUUCUUGGCCGCCGCGCCGCUGGUGGCCAUCUCCUCGCACAAUCGCAUCAUGCAAGCGUGGCGGUGGGAUCGCCAGGCACCGGUGGACCGGGCCAUCGGCCCGGAGCGCCUGGCCUGCCUGGCGCGGUCGCCCUGUGGCGCAUGGACCGUGGCCGGCGGCGCCUCUGGCCGGCUGUAUCUGUGGGAUUCCGGCACCGGGGCCCUUGUGCAGUCGUGGGAUGCGCACUACGCCCGGGUGACAUGCAUCCAGUGGACCGACGAUUCGCUGGGGUUUGUGUCCGGCUCGGAUGACUCCUCGGUCUUUGCCUGGUCCCUGGUGGGCGUGUUCAAUGCCAUCGCGCGCAAUGCUGUCGGUGCCGGGGCCGCCGAUGAGGCCAGUGUCCCUCCUCGGCAUGCCUGGUCCUCGCAGCACUCGCUGCCCAUCUCGGCGGUGGCCCUGACCCCGGGCGGGCUGAACUCGGCUCGCGUCCUGUCGGCCUCCCAUGACAAGACCCUGAAGAUGUGGGACCUGGCCACGGGGGCCCUUCUCUUCACGUACAACCUGCCGUCGGUGGCCCUGUCGCUGGUGUUCGAGCCGUCCACCGGGGCCGUGUGGGCUGGCUGCCAUGAUGGGCACAUCUACCGGGUGAUUUUGGCGCGCGGUGUCAGCCUGGCGUCCGAUGGGGACGGCGGUGCCACCGGCGGGCUGACCGAUGCCACCGGGUCCUGGGCCGCCGGCUCGGCGGAGGGGGACCUGCGCGUUGCGCUCACGGUGCACAAGGCCCCGGUGACCGCGCUGGCGGUCAGCCUGGACGGGGCCUUCCUGGCCUCCGGGUCGCAGGAUGGCGUGCUGCUUCUGUGGGACCUGGUCUCCAGGCAGGUGGUCCGGUCGCUGCCACAGCGCCCGGGCCCGGUGAACUUCCUGCAGCUGCUUCCUCGUCCGGAGGCCGAGGCGCUGGCCCUGGCCACCUGUGCUCGGCCGACGCCGGAGCGCCUGGCCGGCGCCGGGGGGGCCGGCUCCUCGCAUGCUGGAGGUGGCAAUGCCGCGGCGCUGGCCGCUCCGCAAGUCCGCCGCCAUGUGGCCCUCCCGCCGGUGUCGGUUCCCGGCUCGCGCGAGGAGGACCUGGCCGGGUGGGUGGUCCACGCGCCGGUGGCCGGGCACUCGCCCGGUCCGGCCGGCGCGGCUCUGCCCCUUGAGCCUCUCUGGUGGGAGGAUCGCACCACGGCCGCGCUUCUGCUGGCCGGGCGCCCGGGCCCGGCGGCCGUUGCCGACAAGCAGCCGACCCCCGCUGCCCCUGUCGCUGCUGCUGCCCAGCCGGAGGAACUGCUGGAGCUUCAGACCCAGAAUGAAACCCUGCGGGCCGAUGUGCAGUACCUGACCGAGAUCAAUGAGAAGCUGAUCGCCAUGCUGGAAGCGGCCACCGGCGGCCCGGCCGCCACGGCGGCCGACGAGUGAUGUGCCCGCCUGGCGGAUCCUCCCCGCGCCGCAUGCCACCUCCCCUUCCCCCCCCC